AUGAGAUCAAACUGUCUCCGCCCAAUAUCUCGUUUUGCCCUGGAAGCGCAAUCGACAAAUGCUGCCUCGACUAGACCACCAAAAACGAUGAUCGAUAAAAACCUAGGUUUCAUCUCUCGUCAAGAGGAGGAGGCAGUUCUCGAGUAUUGGAAACGGACCAAUGCAUUUAAAGAGCAGCUUAGGCGAAGCGAGGGUCGCCCGGAAUAUGUGUUUUAUGAUGGACCCCCGUUUGCAACAGGCCUUCCCCACUACGGUCACAUUCUCGCGGGAACCAUUAAAGACGUGGUAACCAGGUUCGCCUGUUCUACUGGGUAUCAUGUCACUAGACGUUUCGGCUGGGAUUGCCAUGGACUUCCUGUUGAAUAUGAAAUUGACAAGAAGCUUGGUAUCAAGGGUAAGGAAGACGUCCUUCGACUGGGAAUUGGAAAAUACAAUGAGGAAUGUCGCGACAUCGUAAUGCGUUACUCCAAGGAAUGGGAAAAAACUGUGUUGCGCACGGGUCGCUGGAUUGAUUUCGAGAAUGACUACAAGACGUUGGAUCGAAAUUUCAUGGAAUCUGUCUGGUGGGUUUUCAAAACCCUCUGGGAGAAGAAUCUUGUUUACAAGGGUUUCAAAGUAAUGCCAUAUUCCACUGCAUGUAACACUCCGCUGUCAAAUUUUGAAGCUGGCUUGGAUUAUCGUGACGUGUCGGACCCUGCCGUAAUUGUGUCGUUUCCAAUAGUCGGAUGUGAUCUUAGUGCAUCCCUUGUUGCAUGGACGACGACCCCGUGGACACUACCUUCAAAUCUUGCGCUUUGUGUGAACCCGACGUUCACUUAUGUAUAUGCAAGAGAGCCAGGUGGGAAUGUCUUUGUGCUGGCCGAAGCACGGCUCAGUACUCUUCCAGGAAUGAGGAAGAGGGACAAAGGUAGCAAUCCAGAGAACCUUCCUGAAGGCUGGGAAAUUCUGCGAAAGGUACUUGGAUCGCAACUUAAAGAUUUGCGGUACGAGCCGAUUUUCCCGUUUUUCGAAGCUGACAUGAAGGUCACAGCCUACAAGGUAUGUUGUGAUGGGUAUGUCACUGAUGAUAGCGGUACUGGUGUCGUUCAUCAAGCUCCAGCCUAUGGCGAGGAUGACUUCCGAGUCUGCAUCGCCAAUGGCGUAGUUGUAAAGGGUGGGAUUCUGCCUGAUCCUGUUGAUGCAAAUGGUUGCUUCUGCCAUCCAGUGCCUGACCCUUACCUGGGGAAACAUGUGAAGGAGGCAGACAAGGAUUUGAUCGCUGCAAUUAAAAACAUGGGUCGCCUGGUUGACAACUCUCGCAUCGUCCAUUCAUAUCCAUACUGCUGGCGCUCUCACACACCACUCAUUUACAAGGCAGUGGCUUCAUACUUCGUCAAAGUCGAGGACAUAAAGACCCGACUCCUUGAAAAUAAUAAAAAAACGCGCUGGGUCCCUCCUCACGUACAGGAAAAACGUUUCCACAAUUGGCUCGAGAAUGCGCACGACUGGGCAAUCAGUAGAAAUCGUUACUGGGGAACUCCUAUUCCGGUAUGGUGCUCGGAAGACGGAGAAGAAAUACGUGUUUUUGGUUCAAUCGCUGAGCUUGAGAGCGCCACAGGGAAGGUCAUCGAUGACAUCCAUCGACACUUCAUUGAUCAUCUUGAAGUUCCAUCCAGCAGAGGGCCAAACGUCCCUCCUCUUAAACGCGUUGAAGAUGUAUUUGAUUGCUGGUUUGAGUCUGGAGCUAUGCCAUACGCCCAGCAGCACUAUCCAUUUGAAAACAAGGAUUACUUCGAAAGAAAAAUUUUCCCUGCAAAUUUUGUCGCAGAAGGUCUUGAUCAAACCCGGGGUUGGUUUUACACCCUGAUGGUUUUAUCCACUGCACUUUUUGACCGCCCUGCAUUUCAAAACCUCGUGUGCAAUGGACUCGUGUUGGCCUCAGAUGGGAAAAAAAUGUCGAAAAGUCUGAAAAAUUAUCCAGAUCCUAAUGAAAUCCUAAACAAAUACGGUGCCGAUGCCCUUCGCCUGUAUCUGAUAAACUCUCCAGUUGUUCGGGCAGAGCCACUACGAUUUAAAGAAGAAGGCGUCUUCGCUGUACUCAAGGAUGUGUUCUUGCCUUGGUACAAUGCGUAUCGGUUUUUGGUACAGAAUGUACGCAGAAUUGAAUCCGAGACACAUAUGUCAUUCAACCCGUUUGCUAGUGAUCAGAACGGAAUUAACGUGCUCGAUCGAUGGAUCGCAUCGGCUACGACUUCUCUGGUCACAUUUGUUAAAAACGAGAUGGAUAAUUAUCGGCUUUACACGGUAGUUCCUCACUUGGUUACCUUCAUCGGUCAGCUUACAAACAUUUAUGUGAGGUACAAUCGUUCACGCAUCAAAGGGAAAAAUGGGGUAGACGACACGCGCCGUGCUCUCACUGCGCUAUACAACGUUUUGUUAACACUCUGCAAGAUGAUGGCUCCGUUUACACCAUUUUUUGCUGAAAAGAUGUACCAAAACCUUCGGCGGUGCCUCCCUGAGGAAGGAAAAUCUGAGCCUUCUGUUCAUUUCUGCUCAUUUCCCGAAGCUUCUGCUGCUGUUCUUGACCAUCGAGUUGAGAAAUCUGUCGCCCGCAUGCAAGCCGUUAUCGAAACAGGACGUCAGAUUCGUGAGCGCAAUAAUAAGCCUUUGAAGACACCGUUGAAAAGGAUGACAGUGGUACAUGCUGAUGAACACUUUCUAGCAGAUCUUCAAGGGGAGCUAAGAGAUUUCGUGAUUGAAGAGCUAAAUAUUCAGCAACUUGACGUUAGCCAAGAUCCGAUGAAAUUUGCAACAAUCAAGGCAGAGCCAAAUUUCGCUGUGUUGGGUAAGCGCCUUGGAAAGGCGAUGGGAAAAAUAGCUAAGGCCGUGAAACAGAUGCCUCAGGACGAUCUGCGUUCUUUUCAGAAAACUGGCGCGUGUGUAAUCGAUGGCUAUCCACUUUCCCGUGAUGACAUAACAAUUAAAUUUGAGUUUUUCACAUCGGUAGGUGUCGAUACUAAAAAUAUCGAUGCUGCCUUGGGGGAGGAUGAUGUCAUGGUCAUCAUAGAUCUGGCAACUGAUCAACAGCUGCUUGAUUCUGGUGCGGCACGUGAGCUUGUCAAUCGCAUACAAAAGCUGCGGAAAGCAGGUGGACUUCAAGCCUCAGAUGAGGUUUGGGUCUUUUUUGAGCCAAAAAUGCUCACGGACAGGAAAUCAAUGGAUGCACUUCAUCGCUUGAUUAAAGCUGAAGAAGAAUAUCUGAAAUCUAUGCUCAGCCGGGAGCCUCGUCACAUAUCUUCGAAGCCAUCACAUGCAGUUUCUAUCGUCAGUGACUCAUGUACAUUGAGUACCGGCACGGAAAUCACACUGACAUUGACACGACCUUGCAUUUCCAUCAACAAGGAUGCUCUCCGGUCGGCUUGCGACGAUUCUGAGGAGCUUGCUGCUGCCGUUUCUGCUGUCAUGCUGUCCCGCGAAUACCUAUCGAUUGCUUGUGAAUGCCAUGAGGGUGAUGGCAUUUUGAGAAUAAGUGUAGAUGACCGCGAUGUGAACCUUAAGGCGGGCAAGGAAUUCAUAUUGGCGUGA